AUGUUACAUAGCCUCUCCCUGCUGCUUAUCCUAGUCCUGAAGGGACUGUCUACAGAUAAAGUCCCUGAAGUGGCACUUGAAGGUAUAGCAUCCCAGUCCAGCGUUUAUGACAAAUAUGAAAACCCUGGCAAUGCCAUUGAUGGGUCCCCGUCCAGUGAUUACCUGAGAGGAAAAUGUAGUCACACGGACUUAGAUAUUAAUCCAUGGUGGACACUGGAUUUGAGAGCGAGGGUUCAAGUGUUCAGAGUAAAGAUCACCAAUCGAGGCAACUGUUGUGAAGAGUGGCUAAACGGGCUGAAAUCCAAAUUAGGAACUCGCCGGAGAGAGGCGGCAGAACGAAUCUCAGGCAAUACGCUCCGAUGGUGUGCUACAGUUGAGUCCAUGGAGCUUGGGCAAACACUCUCAUUUGACUGUCAUGGAAUGCAAGGGUGUUAUGUGACUGUGACCAUCCCAAGGCGAGCUGAGUACCUGACUGUGUGUGAAGUGCAGGUGAAACACUCGGAGCACCAAAGACAACAACAGGAGACAUGA